GAGAGAGAAUAGAGAGAGAGAGGCGGUCCCUUCUGAAAUACACGAGAGGGGAAAAGAUGAGUUCUUUAAUAGGGGUUUUAAUUGGUAUUGGUUGGAAACACUGGACCACCUCAUCUCGCCCCCUCUCCAGUCUCCACUUAUAGAACACUUUGCACUACCCAGCAUCUAUUCCUCUAAUCCUCUUCUCUUUCUCUCUCCCAAGGCUCUCUGAAAAGCUUUACAUGAUCAGUAUUAUGAUCAGAAGUUCUGACCAAACAGAGCAAAUAGGAGAGGCCCAGGAACCAGCCUUAAAAGCCAGUUAACUUGGGAAAGAGUUUUGGGGAUUCGAGAUUAUCAAUCAGAUCGAUCAUCAAUGUAUUCUCUGAAACUCUUUUUUUUUUUUCUAUUCGCUUAUGAUCUUUUUCUUUUGUUUGGACUGGUGAGAGUUAAGACUUAAGACUUGAGAAGGAUAUAUCAUAUAUGAAGUUGGGCUGGAGCUCAUGUGAAGCGAGAAAGCAUUAAGUCAUCUGGCGGCUGUAGUUUUGUGAAGCGGGAAAAGGACGAUCAUCUUUUCUGCUUUGGCUGUUUCUGUGAUAUCUGAUAUGCUACCUGCUUGAAAAACCAGGAUAGGGCCAGAGUGGUUGCUGUUCCAUUAUUUAAAUACAUUAAUACAUUUCAUUUUCGUUUUGAAUUUACGGUUAAUUUCUUUGUUCUUAAUAAUUUGUUGGGUAUGAACCAUAGACCGUAGAGAGAGAGAGGAUUUGAUUUCUGAUAGAGCCUAUUUAUUUUGAUGUAUUUAUACCAUGGAGCAUUGACCCACACCAUGGACUAAGGAGGGAUAGAAAGAAAAUCCUGGCUUGGUGGUCAUUAUCAGCUCUAUGGCUCUAUCUGGUACUAUUUCUGAGUAGAUACCUCUUACCUUCCUAGGUUGGUUUUGUUUGCCUAUGUUAUUUUUAUUUGGAGAGAGUCUCGGACAGAAAAGCCCCAGUACGCCUUCUUCUCCCACUCCCCCCUCGCUUUUCCUCCUCCUCCACCACCACCACCAACAACAACAACAACACCCACCAUAUCUGGCGACCGUUAAUGCAUCAAAACAAUCUUAUCUUCUAUAACCGAAUAAUUCACAUCGUCAUCAUCAAAAACAGAUGUAGAAGCCGCAGCAUACACAACAACAAGAAUAGGUAGAAGAAGAAUUUUUCUUGUAUGGCUGGUGAAUCCCCACAAGAGAAAUCUAGAAACCUAGUUUCUUCAGCUGGUUUUGCCUACUUGGAUGCCUCAUCUAAUGAAAAGCCAACAAUUCAUAGUCAUCUCAUGAACCAGAUGCAAAGCUUUGAAUCAAAUCCAGAGCUUUUCAACUUGACUACGGGCAUAGAUAUGUUAGGAUUUCCUUCCAAGAACCUUCAGGAGAGAGAGAACAACUUAGUUAUGUGGAAAGGGUUAUUCAUAAAACCUGAAAACCAGGCAUCAUCUUCUUCGAAGACGAUUACUGGACCUGCGAGCGAUUUCUAUCAAGCUGAGUUCAAUAAACCCGAUUUCUCUGGUCGGUUCUCAGAGACAACGGGUGAAAAUCUGAUGGUUGCACCUGAAUCGGGUUGGCAAGAUAACAGGUUACUUGUGGACGAUUCUUCUUUGAGGUGUGUUUUUCCGUGUGAAGCUAACGAGCGACCCAGUCAAGGGCUCUCGCUCUCUCUUUCUUCAACCAGGCCUUCUGGUAUCGGAUUGCAGUCGUUCGAGAUGAGAGAGUCAAUUCAUCAUCAUCAACCGCGACAAUCAAAUGAUAUUAGGUAUGUUUCAUUGAACUCCAGAGAUGGGUUCUUUGAAAAAUCUGCAAAUCUUCAACAGCAACAGCAAAUCCUGCAAGAUGGUUAUUUUGGAAAAGCUGCAAAUAUUCACCAGGUCCACUUUCAGCUCAAGAAUUCAAAGUACUUAGCAACUGCUCAGGAGCUUUUGAACGAGAUCUGCAGCCUCGGAUCAAGGCAAACUGAUCCAUCCAAACAGAAGCUCCAUAAGUCCAAUCAAUGGGAGGACGAGAAUGGCUGUCCUUCACAGAAACAACCUUUGCACAAUCUUGACCUACUCGAAUUACAGAAAAGAAAAGCCAAACUGCUUUCCAUGCUCGAGGAGGUGGAUAGAAGAUACAGGCAAUACUGUGAUCAGAUGAAGGCCGUCGUAUCAUCAUUUGAAGCAGUGGCCGGCACGGGAACUGCAAAAGUCUACUCCGCGUUAGCGUCAAAAGCCAUGUCGAAGCAUUUUAGGUCUCUAAGAGAUGCGAUUGUUGGUCAGAUUAAAGCCACCAAGAAGGCGAUGGGAGAGAAGGACCCAGUUGCACCGGGAACGACGAGGGGCGAGACGCCAAGGCUCAGGCUUCUCGACCAAACCCUUAGACAACAAAGGGCUUUUCAGCAGAUGAGCAUGAUGGAGAGUCAUCCCUGGAGACCACAAAGAGGCCUCCCUGAGCGUUCAGUGUCUCUACUUCGAGCUUGGCUGUUCGAACACUUCCUUCACCCGUAUCCAAGCGAUGUGGAUAAACACAUUCUAGCCCGCCAAACUGGUCUCUCAAGAAGCCAGGUAUCCAAUUGGUUCAUUAAUGCAAGGGUCAGGCUGUGGAAACCAAUGGUGGAGGAGAUGUACUUAGAAGAAGUGAAAGAGCAAGACAACAUGGCCUCCUCAGAUGGGGGUUCAAGUCAUGGUGGGGACAACGGCCGGCCAAACCAAAGCCACAAGUCCAAUCAAAAUGCUCAACCCAACUCGGAGGAUCACAAACCCACACAUGACCAACUUGUCCGAGACGACUCUGAGUCACUUUCCUCCAUCAUCAACAACCCAGAUAAAAAUGAUCAUAGUAAAGCCGGUAGAAAUAACCACAACCACCACCACCGCCAUGAACAACAACAACUCCAGCAGCAGCUGCAGCAGCAACAACAACAGCUGGGGAGAGUAGCCGAGCCAUUUGGUGCCAUCGAUUUGGAUUUCUCAGCUUACAACCAACACACCGCUAGCACUGUCUCUUUCACAAAUGACGGUAUCCAGCAGAACCUCGGCAAUGGUGUGUCUCUAACAUUGGGACUGCAACAGCACGGAGGAAGCGGUGUAAACCUAUCAUCCUUCUCACCAGCAUCGCACAACUCUCUUUUCUUCACCAGAGACCACAUUGAAGACUGUCAAUCAAUUCAGUACUCAAUGUCGUUAGAUGGAGAGGGACAAACUCUACCGUAUAGGAACUUAAUGGGAGCGCAAUUGCUCCAUGACUUGGCCGGAUAAAGGAAGAGUUCUAUUGGUUUGGUCUCGUGAGACCAGUCGACGUUCUUGUCAAAGAAUAUUAUUGAUGGCAGUAGAUACGUACAUGGAUAUAUUGAUACAUAUUCCAUACAUACAUAAAAUAUAUAGGAUAUUGAUCUAUGUCUAUGAUAUAUAUACAUACAUCCAUGGUUACUUUGCAUUUUCAGGGGAGUGGUAAUUUUCCGUCUUAUCGUGGAAUGUGUAGAAUACUUAUAGCUUGUUGAGUUGGUUGGCUGGAUUUACAUAUAGCCACUGAUUGAUACAACAAUAUACAGAUACUUCUCCUGUUUCUGUUGCA